CUUGUUGCAGCGGGUUAGACAUUAAUGGCUGUGUUGAGUUAUUUUGAGGGCUCAGCAAAUGUACCCUGUUAUCCCAGCUGUACACUGACUACUCUACACUGGAUCAGAGGGUCAUCUCUUCAGGGUGGUCCCAGGAGAAGAUAUAAUAACAUAUUGAUACGUCAAACGUGACAACACGAGAUCUCGCGACAUCUUGUGCGUCCACGUCGCCUCGGCUUCGCUGACGUCAUACGGUGGCGGAGUCUGUUAUUCUUUAGACAGAAAUCCUGAGAGAAUCAGCCGAGAGUUUCAUCCCCUCCGAUCACUCUCUCCGACCCGGGACCCUCUCUCUGACCCGGGGGAAGCAUCUCUCUGACGCAGGGACCGGAGCUCUGUCUGCGGGGGAACAUGUCUGCGGGAUCCGGGAGCAGGAACACGGAACCGUGGGGGAGCUUCGAUGAGAACCAGUACUGUAGUACUCAGUGACGCCCCCCCCCUAAGUGUCGUCUGUGCUGUGUUCAGGGGGGGGGCUCGGCUGUCAUCGACAUGGAGAACAUGGACGACACGUCGGGCUCCAGCUUCGAGGACAUGGGGGAGCUGCACCAGCGGCUGAGGGAGGAGGAAGAGGUUACGGCUGAGGCCGACGGCACCGAGGAGGACGAGGGGGGGGACGGGGAGUUCCUCGGGAUGAAGGGCAUCAAGGGCCAGCUGGGGCGCCAGGUUGCUGACGAGGUGUGGCAGGCGGGGAAGCGUCAGGCCUCCAAAGCCUUCAACCUGUACGCUAACAUCGAUAUCCUGAGGCCGUACUUUGACGUGGAACCGAUGCAGGUGCGCAGCAGGCUGAUAGAGUCCAUGAUUCCUGUCCGCAUGAUCAACUUCCCCCAGAAGAUCGCAGGUGAGCUUUACGGACCUCUGAUGCUCGUCUUCACCCUGGUGGCCAUCCUGCUGCACGGCAUGAAGACCUCCGACACCGUCAUCAGGGAGGGCACUCUGAUGGGGACAGCUAUAGGGACGUGCUUUGGGUACUGGCUGGGGGUCUCCUCCCUGGUCUACUUCCUGGCGUACCUGGUGAACGCUCAGAUCACAAUGCUGCAGACGCUGUCCCUGCUGGGUUACGGUCUGUUUGGUCACUGCGUGGUCCUCUUCAUCACCUACAACAUCCACUUCCACUUCCUGUUCUACGUCCUCUGGCUGCUGUGUGGAGGCCUGUCCACCCUGCGCAUGGUGACAGCUCUGCUCUCCAGGACGGUGGGGCAGACUCCCCGGCUGCUGCUCUGUGGAACGCUCUCUGUCCUCCACAUGAUGUUCCUGCUCUACCUGCACUUCAACUACCACCGGAUCAUCCAGGAGCUGCUGGGAUCUCUGGAAGGACCCCCCAUGGCCCCCAUGCAGCGGGUGGCCAGAGACGUGCCUGAGCUGACCCUGAACGCCUCUCUGCUGAUGUCCCACUGAGCUAUGUCCCGUCCCCCCCCCCCCCCCCCGUUAAAGUGUGUUUACAGACUGUAAUAAAGGCUGGCUGAGACCCUGA